AAAGUCCGUUAAAAAAAGAAAAAAAAAGAAGGGAAAGUGGAAGUAAAGAAAAGGAAACCCUUACAGGAGAAGGAAGCGAUUGCAUUGCACAAGCAAUUAUACUUUCUCAUUCUCAGUGGGGUGUGGGAAUUUUUGUCUUUAUUGUUUUCAUUGAUCAUUCAGAGAGUCGCAGAAGGGAGCAGAGCAGAGAAAGAUCAAAGCAAAAGCAAAAGCAAUGGGAGUGGUAUCGAACAAGAUCGAGAGGGAGAAUCUAAAACCUGGGGAUCAUAUAUACUCCUGGAGACUCGCCUAUGCUUACUCCCACCAUGGGAUAUAUGUCAACAAGGGAAAUGUUAUCCACUUUACUCGGGGAGAAGGCCAGGAAAUUGGUACAGGAACUGCAUUAGACAACAUCAUUGGGAGCUCAUUACCUCAACAUCCUUUGGAAAAUCCAUGCCCAAUAUGUGGUGAUGAAUCAAGGCGUGAUGGAGUCAUCUCUUCUUGUAUAGAUUGUUUUCUUUCAGGUGGAGAUCUGUACCGCUAUGAGUAUGGUGUCACACCAGCUUUCUUUCUUGCCAAAGCUCGUGGAGGUACCUGCACUCGUGCUUCAUCUGAGUCAGAAGAACAAGUUAUUCAUCGUGCCUUUUAUUUCCUCCGGAAGGGCUUUGGUGUCUAUGAUGUUAUGAAGAACAACUGUGAAGACUUUGCAUUAUGCUGCAAAACUGGCUGGAAAGUGAUUCCUACUGUUGACGGGGGCCAGAGUGGUCAGGCGGCAACCUUUCAAGCUGCUGCUGGUGUUAUCCUUUCUGUACCAGUUGCGUUUCUAGCCCGUUCUUCACCAGUUGGAUAUGCAGCUACCAGCGUUGCUCGUCUGGUGGCAAGUUGUGGCACAUACUGUGUCAAUCGUUAUAUUAAUGAUAUUGGAGUACGCCGAGAUGUCGUGAAAGUUGUUUUAGAGGAGUGAAAAUGAUCUUCUGUUUCAACCACCACACGCAGUGGAACACCCGUUGCAUAAAGCGGAAACACAAGGUACCUUGUCCCAGAGUAAUAAUCGUUUGGCAUGCUCAAGGGUUAUAUGUGGUUUGCAAGAAUUUUAUUAUUAUGGUGCCAAUUGAUGACAGUUUGUCAUGCAACGAGCACAACCAAAAUUAUUUCAGAAUUUGUUAUGUGUGUGCGCUUUUAAGAUAUCAGAUUUUAUUUUUGAAAUUUGAAUUUAGCUUUUAUUAUGAUUGAGGAUUCUUUGGGUUGUAAUUGCGCCUUAAUAUAAUCCUGGAAACUUAUUAGAAA